AUGUCUAUCCCCGACCUGUUGGAGAUACCCCACGUCCACCUGGACAGCACAUCGCAGAUUAUUUACUACAACGUGCUCCUUCAAGGCAUUAUGUUAGAUUCGGAAUACCUUCCUGGGAGAGGUAAAAUCAUACAAUAUCUUUACCAGAGUAGUAUGACGUUGCUAGAUGAUUGGCUAUGUCACAUCGAAAACACCCUCCCGGACAUGUUUGCAGCGUUUCUUAUGAUAUCGAUGACACUCGAGGGUUGUAAUAGCGAAAUGGCCUGGAAGAUCUUCGGGUAUGCCUGUAAUAUUGCUCGAGCAAUGGGAUUUUUCUCCGUCGAUGAACCAUCGGACGGACAAAAUUCUCAGUCUGAACCUCAUAGCAAUAGUGAAAGUGAGGUGGAUAAAAAUCGAAAGCGAUUCGAAUUUUGGCAUCUUCUGAGGAUGGAUUGUCUGUUCCGUCUAUCUUUUGGCAAGCCGGCCCUCAUACCCGGUGGGUCAUGGACAGUAAACUUCCCUGAUCCCACCAUUACCGGCAUUGAUGACGCGUCUACGCGCUUUAUUCAGAUUCAUUUCCUAGCAUCGAUGCGUCUUACACUAACUUUAUUAAAGUACUUGGACUUGGUGGGCGUUGAAAUGCAGCAGGAUACGGAUGUGUAUGAUCAGGCACUCGAUGGCCUCAUUGCAGAAGUGCAAACGAUCAUGUCAGACUGGAACGCGCUACAAGAUGCUCAUCGUCUUCACGCAAUCCAAGAGAUGCAAUCAGAACAGUCAAUUCCUACCAAGACACACUGUAGAUGUUGCGAGGAAAUCAUUGAGAAUGUUUCAGUCUCUGAUGAGUUCGGAACUGUCCGCGUACUGGGGUAUUAG